GGCGCGUUGCGCUUGCGCACGGCGCGCCCCGCGGGCUGCGUAGUUAUUUUUGAACCGGGUGGCGGGGAAUAGCCGAGGGGCGCUGAGCCGUGAGGGCGCGGUGUGCGGUGAGGUUGACAGCGUUCUCCGUUAGACCUAGUGAUGGCGCAGCAGCUGGCCCGGGAGCAAGGCAUCACCCUGCGCGGGAGCGCGGAAAUCGUGGCCGAAUUUUUUUCGUUUGGCAUCAACAGCAUUCUGUAUCAGCGCGGCAUCUAUCCAUCGGAAACCUUUACUCGAGUGCAGAAAUAUGGACUCACCCUGCUUGUAACUACUGACCCCGAGCUCAUUAAGUAUCUCAAUAAUGUGGUGGAGCAGCUGAAAGAGUGGCUCUACAAGUGCUCCGUUCAGAAACUUGUGGUGGUCAUCUCAAAUAUUGAAAGUGGGGAGGUCCUUGAAAGAUGGCAGUUUGAUAUCGAGUGUGACAAAACUGCAAAAGAAGAUGGUGUUUGUAGAGAAAAGUCUCACAAAGCCAUUCAAGAUGAAAUCCGUUCAGUGAUCAGGCAAAUCACAGCUACCGUGACCUUUCUGCCACUUCUGGAAGUUUCUUGUUCAUUUGAUCUGCUGAUUUACACGGACAAAGAUUUGGUUGUACCUGAAAAGUGGGAGGAAUCAGGACCCCAGUUCAUUACCAAUUCUGAAGAAGUCCGUCUACGCUCAUUUACUACCACAAUCCACAAAGUGAACAGUAUGGUGGCCUACAAAAUUCCUGUCAAUGACUGAAGAGAAGGUGAAGAAAGCCAGGAUCCUACUUUGAUAAAUGUAUCCAUGGUUCCAUUUCUUGGGUUCCUCCUGGACUUGCCGUAGAGUCAACAUUACAAGAUUGCUGUACAUUAUUAAGGGGAACCAACAGAUUUUGUCAAGAAUUGUGGAGUGGAUUCCUUUAGAAGUGGUCAUUGUAGAUAGAAAUUCCUUUGUUAGAAAGCUAAAUAUAUCCCCUAACCAGUUAGCUCAGGAAUCUUGACCAGAGAAGCUUCAGAAUGUAAAUACAGUAGAAGGAACUAAAGCUUUGUUUAGUUCUGAGUCAUGAGUACUGCUUUACUGGGCCCAUUUGUCACUUCUCUUUGUAUAGACCCAUAUUGAAACACAUACUAAUUGUUUGAUUUCAGUGUAUAUACCUUGAACUCAAAAAGCAGUUGAUACCAUUUAAUUUCUGUAAUAAAGAACUCUUGUUUUAAUGUUUUAUAAAAAAAAUCAAAGUUUAAAUGACAGUUAUACAAAAGAAAAUAACUCCUGUGUUCUAAAUUUGUGUUAUAAUAUCUUUGGUAAAUGGUGUGGUAUUAAUAUAUUCAGAUACUGCAGUGGA